AUGGUGUCCUCUGUUUUGCUCGGCGUCCUCGGACUCGGGGGAUGGGCUAUAGCCGCAGUAGUUCAAGAUUCAACGCAAGUGACUUCGAUCCUACCAUUCGUCAACUGGACGAGUGCCACGCCAGUGGUAACCGCGCCACCGAGCAUCCCAGCUAUCACGUUUCCCCCCUUACCUCCUGAUUUCAAUGAUAUCCCACGUGACAUCCUCGAAUGCUACGACUCAUGGGCAUCUGCCAAUGUGCACAAUACAUUUAUCGAACGACAGGUUAGCUCACUAGCAUCCUCUGCAAGACUUGACCCCCCAAGCCUAGGACUUGACCGCUCCUCAUGGAUAGAACGCAUGUGCACCACAAGUCCCUUUACAGGCCAAUAUACCACACUCUGCGACGGUCUUGCAAGAAAUACUGAGAGGAGUGAAGAGGUCAAUUGCCGAAACGUGGCGACAACAUACACAUGGUCGCAGACGAUUUAUUGGACGACUAUUAUCCCCGAGUGGUUAUCGAGAUGGAGGGCAGAAAACAGGGUUGAACUUCCCACUUGCUCACAAGCGCCGGAUAGGGAAAAGCUUUGCUAUAGGCUACAUUCGGCCUACUUCUGGCGGAGCAAGCAGGCCGAGUCAUCGGCGAAGGCCAAUAUCACUCAACUUCCACGGUGGUUUAUUGACGCGGAGAGACCGAUGUGCCGAACUUUAAGAAGGCCACCACCAUGGAAUCAGACGACGAAAUCUUGUCUAUUCAAUGUCGAUGAUUACCAAGUGUACUACUGGCCUUCUGCGCCGCUAACCGGAUCUUCUUUCUGUAUGCCCAAUAUUACACGCCUUCCAGGAGGAACACGCACUAUUCCCUGGCUUCCGAACACCGCUGUUGUGUCUGGACUCACGCUUACAAGUCCCUCCAUCUACCACUUUCUCAAGGGAGUGGGAGUGUCGACAUCAAUUGGCGCGAUACGUCAAGGAAGAGCCGGGUUAUCGCCUGUAUACAACCUCUCUUCGUCGAUCGCUCCGGACACUAUUCUUACUUUUCCGCAAGAAGAAUCUGACGUUUGGACAGUCAAGGGACAUCGUACCGGACGUGGCCUCCAUGCCCAUUGGGAAUACCAGUAUGGAUCUGGCUCAUACAACGCUGAUGACAUGAGUACUGUGCGAUCGGCAGCCUACUUUGGUGAGUGCCAGCCCAGAAAAACCUGCAACCACACAGGGCAGACGAUCUCUCAAGCCCAAUAUCGACAGAACGCCGCACUUUCUGUUAAAGAAGUAUUGAAUGAAUGGGACAGCGAUGAGUUUCAGGAUUGCAACUGGAGCAGCCAGUAUUGGCAACAAGGACCUUGGCAUGAUAGAGUGGAUAUGUGGAUUGCUCCCGGCCAACCAUGGAGAGCGGUACCAAUAAUGACGGAUGAUGAAGGUGAGCCUGAAGCUACAAGGAUGGCAAAACCGGCAUCAACAAUUUCCAGUCCGCCCAUUCGAACUGGGGACUGGGUACCUGAGACGACAGAAACUGGCGAGCCUGCCGAUGGGCCUAACGGUGGGCCGGAUGACGGGCCUGAAUGA